AAAAGAAACGUACCGUAUGUGUUAAUGAUUUGAUAAUAUAACAGUUAAACCUGAUAUUUUUCGAGAAAUAUGAAAAUGGUAGUUUAAGAUUCAUUAAUAACACGUCAUCAUAAUAUUUCUUAUGUGAGAAUAAGUAAAACAUAUUACGUGUUCAACAGCUUACGCGUAACCGCCAAAAUUACGGACAGAAACGCCAUCUUGUGCAAAGAUGUUGACAUUUUACUAAAUUGGGAAAGAUUACAUGAUUGCUGUUUAUUCGAGUCGUACGACUCGACUUAAGUCUAUAAAUGUUAAAAAAUGCUAACUUUAUGUACUAAUUGACACGUCAACCAGUUUUUUCAUUAUAAGAAGUGCACGUAACCUGGAUUAAAAAUGUUUUAUGCACAUUUUGUGUUGGCCAAAAAGGGGCCAUUGGCGCGUAUUUGGUUAGCCGCUCAUUGGGACAAAAAAUUGACAAAAGCUCACGUAUUCGAAACGAAUAUUGAAAAGUCUGUAGAUGGUAUAUUACAGCCAAAGGUACUUGUAAAAUGUUCCUUUUCCAUUAAACAAAAAAAAAGUGUAGUACGUAUAUAUUCAAGAAAGGCUAAAUACCUCUUGGCCGACUGUAAUGAAGCUUUUGUUAAAAUAAAAAUGGCCUUCAGGCCUGGUAUGGUAGAUUUGCCAGAAGAGCACAGAGAAGCUGCUGUAACAGCUAUAACACUCCCUGAAGUGUUUCAUGAUUUUGAUACAGCAAUGCCUGAAUUAAAGGAUGUUGAUAUUGAAGCACAAUUUAGUUUAAACCAGUCAAGGGCAGAAGAAAUAACUAUGAGAGAAGAUUAUGGUAGUUUAGCUUUAGUUACACAUGAUCAAGGAUUUGGUGACAUGAGUUUUGAUGCAGAACCUCCAGAAUUAUUAAGACAUGCUGGUGCUGUAGAACCGUCAUUAGAUCAGACUCACAUGUUAUUCACUGAUGGACCAGGAAUUGAAACAGCUUUAGAACAAAAAGAAAAAGAACCAGUUCCAGGUCCAUCAGUAACAGCACAAGCUAUGGAUAUAGAUAUGCCCAUUAGGGAUGAUGGUUUUGGUGGUCAUCUUGGGCAGGAUAUCAUAUCUGGAGGCUUGUUUGAGGGUGGUUUAUUUGAUGAAGCUCCAAUGGGUGAAGUACCUGUACCUGAGGUUAGUGCAGUAACGGAACCACAAGAGCCAGGUGCAAUACCUGGAGCACCACCUUCAGUACAUGAUGAAUCAGAGGAAGAAAUGGGAGACCGUUUUGGAGGGCCACCAUCUCCCAUGGGAGGAAUGAGUACCGAUGAAUCUAGGCCUGUUUCUCCAGCUGUAGCUGGUGAAGAAAUUGAGGGAAGAAUAAGUGUUGCAAGUCGUCGUUUUACUCCAGCUCCACCAACUAUUCCUGAAGAACGUCCAAUGGAAGCCAUUGAAGAAGCUCCACCUCUACAAGAACAAACUACUUUAUUGCACGAUGAAGAAGAGAGUUUUGCUCUUGCACCCGUUGAUACAUCUGCAUUAAAAGGAUUCACAAAAGCUAAACGUAAACGUAAGCUUAUUGUGGAUGAAGUAAAAAAUAUUUCUGGUGAAGAAAUGAAAGCACAGUUAUCAGACACUAGUGAUAUUAUUACGACAUUGGACUUGGCACCACCCACCAAAAGAUUAAUGCACUGGAAAGAAACUGGUGGAGUUGAAAAAUUGUUUGCUUUACCGGGAAGACCAAUUCCAGCACGUGUUCUAUUUAAGAAUUAUCAACGACAUCUGACAAGUAAGUCCUAUGACCAUGAAGACUUUGGACGCUUAGUAGGUGAAGAGGAAGGCAUGCCUUUGGAACAAAUGAGAGAACCUGCAGAACCUGAUACAUAUGAACAAACCAUUCUCAGUAAACGCAUGGCUAGAAAACGAAAAGCACCGGCAGAUGAAGAGAUAAGGCCACCACCUCCGGCGCCAGCACCUCCUCCGGUAGAAGCUGCUCCCGAAGCAGUGGAAGUUCCAAGUAUAGUUCCACAACCAAGUCUUCCUCUUGCAGAAUCACCAAUACCUCAACCUGAGGUAUCCUUACCAACCGAACCAUCGGUAUCUGAAAUUAGUGGCAUAGUACCUCCUGUUGAAGAAGCGGAAAUGGUUCCCCUACCUUCGGAAGCACCUUUACUUCCUCCAGAAAUACCUGAAAUUCCUACUACUGAAACUGUUGCUAUACCUGAAGAACCAAUUGUACCACCUACCCCAAUAGAACCAGAAGUUAUUCCCGCAGUACCUACGGAGAUGCCUCAAAUGGAAAAUAUGGGUUAUGAUCAGGCGCAACCUCAAGUACCCUACAUGGGAUAUGAUGAACAUCCUCCACCACCUCACACACCUGCUAUAUCAGAAAGAGGCCCGGCGACACCAUGGAAUCACGAAGACUAUGAAUUCCCUCCAUCUGUAGGACCUCAGGAGGAGCAACAAAUAGAUGAAACUUAUGAACAGUUCGAAGAACGAGUUCUUAACAAAAGAGCAUCACAUAUGUAUCAUGUCAUUAAAAGUAAACUGGAUACCAAAGAUAGACUGACACUAUCAGAAAUGGCAUAUAAAAAUAAUCGCAAACAGGUUGCACAAAAAUUCUACACGUUAUUAGUUCUCAAAAAAUUCCAAGUAUUAGAACUGAAUCAAGAAUACCCAUAUGCUGAAAUUGCAGUCAGCAAAGGACCAAAAUUUGAAAACCCUGCGUUAUAAAACUAUUAGGUAUUUCUUACUUUACAUUUACUGUUAAAAAUGAUGG